AAUCAAUUAUAUUAUAACGACUUUGUAUUUGCACGUUAACUGGUUUUAGCUUCCUGCAAGCCAGUGAGUAUGAGAAAGUGAAAUUUUUUAUUUUCCAGUGAUUAUUAGCACUGCCGGUGGUUUUAGAUACGGGAAACAGAUCUGAAAUUUGCAUUUCUAUUUGACAAAGAUUUUCGGAAAUUAUUUUCCCGGCGACCUGAGAUGCAAAAUGAAUGUUAGUGGGGCUGGCUUGUUUCUCCUUGCUAACGUGCGCGGGGUAAAUCUUGGGUAUGAUAGCGAGGGCAAGAAUCAUUGCAAAAAAAAAAAAAAAAGGGUAACGCAUACUGAUGGAGGGCUGGGAUUGUUUUUGGUUGGUUUCGUAUGACGUUAGAUCGUAUCGGUUUGUGCUGUUUUCUCUUUUUCACUUUUUGAUUUUCUGUUUUUCCUUUUCAACGCACGAAACACAAGACCUUAAGAUUCGGUUUGGGCUUCGAUCCUUGUAUAGGAACACGGUAAACAGUAACUCAGAUAUGGCGCAGACACUUUUUUCAGACGAAAAUGUCCAUUUCUGUUGUCAUUGGGGGCACAAAGUCCAGUAAAUUCAAGGGGUGGUUUCGUCAUUUCAUUGUACAAUCCGUCUUCUAGAUUGAACUUUCGCUUUGCAUGCUUUAAUGCAAGUCUGAUUUUUCUUUUUCACUCUCUGCAUCAAUUUUCUUUUUAGCUCCCUUGGUGAUCCUGAUCAUCUUAUGACUGUUUUGCAACUUUUUUGUGAAAAAUCUCUUUUUAGAAUUCUCUUGCUACUUUAUGCAAUGCAGUGGUCAUUUUGGUCAUUCCAUUAAAUGUAAUUUACCCCGAUAUUCCCGGGGGUAAUAGUAAUAAUUUAUUUGAUUUUUACUGUUAAGGACAUGACAUAUGAAGUUGAUUGUGGUGAUAAAGUUGAAACAAGAGUGGUCUUAAUUGCAUAAAUUAAGAAGAAAGGAGUGCAGAGAUCAAAUCCUUGGAUACCCUUUUUAUGAAAUACUGUGAUUGGAGGAAUAUUUUGAAAGUAGUAAAGUGUGUAGGAAAACUAUUUCAUAAGUGCAGGAACAUGUUGGGGGCGGGGAGAAGAGAUGGCGUGUCGUGGGGUGCAGUAUUUUGAUAACGCCAUUGUUUGACAUUAAUUCUUGCUUUAACAAAGUUUUUGUCGGGUUUCAAUUACAUUGUUGCCCUUCUGUCAUGUUGUUCAUUGCUUUGAUUAUGGGUACUUUGGAUGAAGCCUGUGGAAAUGGUGGCUCAAUGGGUCUCGCAGUGAUCACUUUAUGUGGUUCUGCGCAAUUGCAUGAACGAAAGACGGGCGGAAAAAAGAUACAGGUUCACACUGGAAGGGCUAUAGCACCGGGAGAUUUUAUUUCAUCCUAUUCUAUCAUCGGUGGGGUUGAAAACUUUUAAUUUAGAUAUUUAACUCUAAUGGCAAAUGCAGUUGGAGUCGGUCUUAGGUUAAUACUUAGGUGCUUGUGCUUUGUGGGAUGUACUAUGUCAAAUUGAGAGAUAUCAUUAAGGUAUGAAGCAACCAUCUCAAUGUUUAUGUCGAGUGGGCCCAUUAAAGCAGAUCAUGACAAGUGGCUGCAAACCUGUGGAACGCAUGGACAUUAUGGGAGGGUCUGCAUCAGCUAGUCCAUGCUCAUCCUACCACCCAAGUCCAUGUGCAUCCUAUAAUCCAAGUCCUGGCUCAUCUUCUUUCCCUAGUCCUGUUUCAUCCUGUUACACUGCCAAUACUAAUGGUAAGGCUGAUGCCAAUUCCCUCAUCCCAUGGCUUAAAAACCUCUCAUCUGGCUCAUCAUCAGCCUCAUCCAAGCACCCUUACCAUCUCUUCACUCACAGUGGUUCCAUAAGUGCUCCAGUCACCCCUCCAUUGAGCUCCCCAACUGCUCGAACUCCGCGUGCCAAAAAUGACUGGGAUGACCCGGCGGCUGGUCCAUCAUGGGCAGGUCAGAAUUAUUCGUUCCUGCCCUCAUCUAUGCCGUCAUCUACCCCACCAAGUCCUGGCCGUCAGGUCCUGCCUGAUUCAGGAUGGCUAGCUGGUAUUGAAAUUCCCCUAAGUGGACCAUCAUCACCCACAUUUAGCCUUGUUUCACGGAACCCAUUUGGCUUCAGAGAUGAGCCUCUAUCUGGUGCUGGAUCGCGAAUGUGGACUCCUGGGCAAAGCGGGACAUGCUCUCCUGCUGUUCCUGCAGGUGUUGACCAGACAGCAGAUGUUCCAAUGCUAGACAGUAUGGCAGCUGAGUUUGCAUUUGGAAGUAACACAACAGGGUUAGUGAAACCUUGGGAAGGAGAGAGGAUCCAUGAGGAAUGUGUAUCUGAUGAUCUUGAGCUUACACUUGGAAAUUCUAGGACCAGAUGAGGGGGAACUGACAGAAAGGGUGAGAAUGAAUUAUCCUCGGAUUUCUUGAUUUGGCUUCUUGCUUCCCUUUAUGUUUCAUGUCAAUGACUUCAUAUUGUGCAUGCUUCGGUUGGCAGAGAGCUGAGAUAGAGGUACAGUGAGGAGGAGCACCUGUUCCUUUUUUCUUGUUCUAUUAUUUUUUACUUUUUGGUUUGCUUUUCCUCUGUUUUUUUUUUCUUUUUUCAACAGAAGAGAGAACUGAAAAUUAAAUUAUAAAUAGUUCAUGGUGGUGACUUUGCCCCUUCAGUUCAA